UCUCGAAAUGAGGCAAAAUAAAUAAAUGGAAGAAAAUUCAUAAAAAAAUAUAAUUGUUACAGUUUCCAAGCUUCCGGUAAACUUUUAGUUCGCAAUCGAUCGACAAAAGAGUACUUCUUGUUAGAAUAAAAGUUUAGAAAUAUCAGAAAAUCAAAAUUAUAAAAGUGAAAAAAUGAAUCAGCUUUUCAAUCAUAAAAAUCUUGUGAGAUUACAUCAUUUGAUUCGAACUCAUCAUUUGUGUACAAAUCGGCUGCCGGCGAGACAAUAUACUCUUAAUCAUGCUAGCAGGAUUAGCUAUACAGAGCUACGGCAAGCCGGUUCUCAUCGCAGAGCUAAGUAUUUCACUCAAGGACAAAACAAAAUUUCUUCUUCGAUGCUGUGCAUUUCCAAUCAGUGGACUAGCGGUGAAUUUUCGUAUCGUAAUAUCCACACUGGCGCUAUUUUGUAUGACCAACCAUCAUCAAAGGUGGAAACUGUGGUAGAAAACAUCAAACAAAAGGAAAAGGAAAGGAGCCAAGUGUCCGAGACUGAAGCGACAGCCGUCGUUACAAAACCCGUUGUAAAAAAAACUCUUGGACAACGUAUAUGGGCCGAGCUAGUUCAUUACUAUCAUGGAUUCCGGUUGUUGUUCAUAGACAUUAAUGUUUGUCGAAAAUUAUUGUGGCGCGUUUUAAAUGGCAAGACUCUUACUAGGAGAGAACACAAGUUACUGGUGCGAACGACCUCGGAUAUUUUUCGUCUUGUACCCUUUUCUGUGUUCAUUAUUGUUCCCUUCAUGGAACUUUUGCUUCCUCUCGCUAUUAAGCUGUUUCCUGGCAUGUUACCGUCAACCUUUCAGACUGCAACUGAGUAUGAAGAUAAGAUGAAGCAAAACCUAAAAGUCAAACUGGAAAUGGCCAAGUUCUUACAAAAAACACUAGACGAAAUGACUGUUAAAAACAUAGAACAUCGUUCAGAGGCAGCAAAGGAGUUCAGUGUGUUUUUUCAUCGUGUAAGAAAUACUGGAGAUACGGCAACCAAUGAGGAAAUCAUCAAAUUUUCAAAAUUAUUUGAGGAUGAAAUAACUCUAGACUCCCUGGCUAGACAACAACUGACUGCAUUGUGCCGCGUUCUCGAGAUAAAUACUAUUGGCACAAGUGCUGUCCUACGAUUUCAAUUAGAAAUGAAGUUGAGAAGCUUAACCGCAGACGAUCGUGUCAUCCAAAAAGAAGGAAUUGAUUCCCUAAAUUUGGUUGAAUUACAAAAUGCUUGCAGAGCUCGUGGCAUGCGAGCUUAUGGUUUAUCUGAAGAUCAAUUGAGACAGCAGUUAUCCGAAUGGAUUGAUUUGAGUUUAAAUGAAAAGGUGCCUCCCUCAUUGUUGUUGUUGUCAAGAGCUCUUAUGAUACCAGAAAAUGUUACCACUGGAGAUAAAUUGAAAGCGACUAUCUCGGCCCUUCCUGAAAACGUUGUAACGCAAGCUAAAGCCGCAAUUGGUGAAAAGGAGGGUAAAAUCGACAAUAAGACUAAAAUUGAAGUCAUUAAAGAGGAAGAACGGAAAAUUAAAGAAGAAAAAGAGGAACAAAUUGCAAUUGAGAAAGAAACUGCAGACUCAUUGGUCGAUAGAGCUCCAGUGAUUGGUGAUGCAGUAAAGGAUGCACUUGUGCACACUGCCUCAUUAGAUGCAAUAAAGGAAAAAGUAAAGGAUCAGGAAUUAUCCACAAAGGAUCUGGAAAUGCUCGAAGAUGCUCUGGAAACAUUGUCAGCCAGCAAAAAUAAGCUGAUCUUAGAAAAGGAAGAAAUCAGAGACCUGAAAGAAGAAAUUGCGGACUACCAAGAAGAUGUGCAAGAAUUACUGCAAGUAGCUGAUUCCACAAAAAUACAAGAAUCUUCCGCUGCUAAGCUUUUGUACAGAAAAGUCAACUCGAUGAUUGGAAAAUUAGAUACGGUUCUAGAAACUUUGGAGGAAAAGGAGAAACGCUUAAAACGAGAUGUAGAGGAACUCAUUGAAGACGAACAAAAAACAAAGACCAAAGAGGAGCUUGUUCGUAUUGAUGAACUUAUGAUGGCUAUCAAACAUAUUCAAACUGUUCCCGAUGCAUCUCGUGCAGAGCACAUUGAAAAGAUUUUAGGUAAAAUAGAUGAUGAUCACGAUGGAAAAAUCAAAGUAGACGAUGUUCUCAAAAUUAUCGAGACUAUCGGAUCAGAAAAUAUAAAAUUGCAACGCAAACAAGUUGAUGAGCUUAUAGAUUUGCUCAACAAAGAAGAAGUUUUUGAAACUGAGAAGAAAAUCGAGAAAGCACUCGCAAAGAGUUCAGACGAAAAAUCAAAAGUUGAAGCAACCAUGAUCGACAGUAAAAAUAUUUUAGAAAAUGCAUCUUUGGCACAAAAUCCAGAAGAAAAUGACAGUGAUAAACAUAUAUUGAAAGCACCAACAUCAGAUGAAACGCCACAAAAACAAGAAGAAAAACCAUCAGUUAAUGUCCAUUCUUUCGAUACAGCAGUGCCGCCUAUUUCUUCAUCGCAGGAAAAAAAUAAACUAAAAGAUUCGACACUAUGACCUGAAGAGAAAAAAAAUUGAAAUGUUAAAUGAAGUGUUAAGUUGGAAAUAUAUUUUUUUAUUAUUUAAUUCUUUUCUUUAGCAAAGUAUUGGCAAAUUUAUUUAAUAUGUUAAAAUUUUAACUGUAAUUCCUGCAAAAAUAAAAUAAGCAAACAAUAAAAUAAAAUGACUAAGCUAAAUCAUGAAUAUCUAAAAAGAGUUUGCUUGAUUUGAAUUAAGUAUUUGGCAACAAAGUUUUUCAUGUAAAUUAAAU